GGUCAGCGGUUUGAAAGAUGGCGGGAGUGACCGUAGACCUGAUUACAGAUGACGAGGAAGAGACGACUAGGAACUCGGCCACUUUUAUUAACGGCGACUCGGAUCUGCCCGUGGUUUUUCUGUGCUCCCAGUGUCGGCUGCCCGUCGGCGAUUCGCUGGCAUGGGCUGGAGCAAACCCGAAGGAAAACAUGAUCUAUCUGAAGAGUGUCACAAACAAUAUCCUUGUAGAUAAAGAGCAGAAAGUAGACACAGCUGAUGAAUCUGGUUGCAUUUACGUUUUGCUUUCCUGUAGUGGCUGCUCUCUUUCACUGGGUAGAAUGUACCUAAGCACUCCAGCCCACCUUGACUUCAAGAGGAAUAUAUAUUGCUUGGCAGUGGCCUAUAUUGAAAGUUAUGUCCUUGGCUCCACAACAAAAGCAGAACUUGUAGAUGACAGUAAAAAGCCAGUAGUUCUAGAAACACAAGCUGAAGUCCUUGGAGAACUAGCAAAGGCACAAUUAGGGUUUAGAGUGAUGGAUAACAGAGUGACUAUCUACCAUCGCCAGAUACUACUACAAUACAGAGAUCGUCCAAAACCAAACCUUCAUGAAAAUCUGCUGGUUAGAUUGUGCGACCUCGGCUUGCUGAGGGAAUCGGGCCUGCAGUCCUCGGAGUCGCCUGAUGCCGGUGGCCGGAGGUAGGGAUGUCGCAAGCAGUGUGUGAGGAAGUGGAAGCAAGGCUAGCGGGCAGGGGUCUGUGCCAGGAGAAAAGCAAGCCCUGGCCGUCCAGCUCUCCCGUCCAUUCUGCUCUCCAAUGGACAUUAAAUUGGACUACAUCUGUGGCUACAAAAUAUUCGGCAGGAGUACAGAAAUGGACAGAAUCCCAGACGCCGCCAUUCAGCUAGUUAUUUAUGUAACAGAUUUUCCCCCAAGCCAUCGGACUACCAACCUACUGCCCUCUGCUGUGCCUAUUGUCUUGUUUAUUAUUUAUUGUAAUGCCUGCACUAUUCUGUGUACUUUAUGCAGUCCUGGGUAGGUCUGCAGUCUAGUGUAGUUUUUGUGUUGGUUUACGUUGUUCAAUGUAGUUUUUAUAUUGUUCAUGUA